AUGCGAGGAUGUCUGCAGUUAGCCAGGUGGCUGGGCACCGCUGCGGCGAGACGUCCGGCUGCGAGCCUGCUCAAGCCGACCUUUACUCAUGAUGGCCGCCGAUUCUUCGCCAGCUCCGCGGCACGAUAUGCACAAGCAAGUAAGACCGUUUCCGAUUUGGAGAAGAGGAUCGCCGCGAUACCUCUCGAACGGUACCGCAAUUUCUGCAUCGUCGCCCACGUCGACCAUGGCAAGAGCACGUUGUCCGAUCGAUUGCUGGAGUUGACGGGCACGAUACAGCCGGGAUCAAAUAAGCAGGUUCUCGACAAGCUUGAUGUGGAGCGAGAAAGGGGUAUUACAGUCAAAGCGCAGACGUGUACAAUGAUAUACAAUCACAAUGGAGAGGAUUAUCUGUUGCACCUGGUCGAUACGCCCGGACAUGUCGACUUUCGCGCCGAAGUGUCACGAAGUUAUGCUAGUUGCGGAGGAGCUCUGCUUCUCGUGGAUGCCAGCCAAGGUGUCCAGGCGCAAACGGUUGCUAACUUCUACCUGGCCUUCGCUCAGGGACUGGAGCUGAUACCGGUUAUCAAUAAAGUCGAUUUGCCCUCAGCAGACCCCGAACGAGCUCUGGAGCAAAUGAGAACAUCGUUUGAAAUUGAGACAGACAACGCCGUGCGGGUUUCAGCAAAGACUGGACUAAAUGUCUCUGAAAUCCUGCCGACAGUUAUCGAGAAGAUCCCAGCGCCGAUCGGUGACAGCAAGCAACCACUCCGCAUGCUCUUGGUAGAUUCGUGGUACGAUACAUAUAAGGGGGUUAUCCUACUGGUGCGCAUAUUCGAUGGAGAGAUCAGAGCUGGCGAUCAAAUCGUCUCCUUUGCAACGGGUCUCAAAUAUUUCGUUGGCGAGGUCGGUAUUAUGUAUCCAGACCAAACCCCACAGACUACGCUCCGUGCCGGCCAAGUGGGUUAUAUCUACUUCAAUCCCGGUAUGAAGCGAAGUAAGGAAGCGAAGAUUGGGGAUACAUUAACCAAAGUUGGCUUCGAGAAGAUGAUUGAGCCGCUCCCAGGUUUUGAAGAACCACAGGCCAUGGUCUUCGUGGCAGCCUAUCCGGUUGACGCAGACCACUUCCCUCACCUGGAGGACAGCAUCAACCAGCUCUUACUCAACGACAGGAGCAUAACCGUGCAGAAGGAAUCGUCAGAAGCUCUAGGGGCUGGUUUCAGACUUGGCUUUCUGGGCACCCUGCACUGUUCCGUCUUCGAGGACCGGUUGCGACAGGAGCAUGGCGCAAGUAUUAUUAUCACGCCGCCGACUGUGCCUGUCAAGAUCGUCUGGAAAGACGGUAAGGAGGAUGUUAUCACCAAUCCAUCCCAUUUUCCGGAAGACGAUGAUCUACGCUUGAAGGUCGCUGAACUUCAAGAACCCUACGUUCUCGCCACUAUCACCUUCCCGGAGGAAUAUCUAGGUAAGGUGAUUGAGCUGUGCGAAGCGAACCGGGGUGUGCAGCAGAGUCUGGAGUUCUUCACGGCCACCCAAGUCAUUUUGAAAUACGAACUUCCCCUUUCCCAGCUGGUGGAUGAUUUCUUUGGCAAGCUCAAGGGAUCUACAAAGGGAUAUGCCAGCCUGGAUUACGAGGACGCUGGCUGGCAGCGGAGUAGCAUCGUCAAACUGCAGCUCCUAGUGAAUCACGCGCCUGUCGAUGCUGUCUCACGGAUCGUCCACUACAGCCAGGCGGAGAGAUUGGGUAAGCAAUGGGUUACCAAGUUCAAGGAGCACGUCGACCGCCAGAUGUUCGAGGUUGUCAUCCAAGCUGCUGUCGGACGAAAGAUCGUCGCGCGAGAAACCAUCAAACCGUUCCGCAAAGACGUGCUUGCAAAGCUGCACGCUAGUGAUAUUACACGACGAAGGAAGUUGCUGGAGAAGCAGAAAGAAGGCCGGAAGAAGCUCAAGGCGGUUGGCAACUCGUCUCUCAACUUCAACUUCUGCCAUGCUCUGCCCGUGACUACAGCGAUGCAGCCUCCGGAAGCUGUGCAGGUCGACCUGGGCAAGGCCCAGGUCAUCGAUCGCGUUCCUAAAGUGAUCAAGGAACUGAAAUUUGGUGUUAUGUCCAACGAUGACAUCGUCAGCCAAGCCGUUGUUGAAGUCUCGGAUCGCAAGCUGUUCGACUUGGAACAUGAUAGAGCUGUCGUGAAGAAUGGUCCUCUCGACGGGCGCAUGGGUAUAUCGAACAAGUCCGGCACCUGCGACACCUGCGGUGGCGCUCUUCAAGUUUGCAACGGGCAUUUCGGCCAUGUCAGAUUGGUAUUGCCAGCUUUCCACGUUGGUUACUUCAAGCGCGUCAUUAGUAUUUUGCAGGAGAUCUGCAAGGAAUGCUCUCGAAUUCUUCUCCCUGAAGCGGAGCGCCGCUCAUACCUUCGCGAGCUCCGACGCCCUGGACUCGAUAACCUACGUCGAAUGCAGAUUGCCAAAAGGAUCAAUGAGCGGUGCCGAAAGACCCGAGUCUGCGAAGGAUGUGGCGCCAUCAACGGUGUGGUGAAGAAGGCCGGUACCAGCGCUCUCAAAAUCACCCACGACAAAUUCCGCGCUUUCAAUGCAUCCACGUCUGUGAAGAAGAUCCCGCCUCCCAGCAAGAUUGUCUUCGAUCGCUCCUUCGAGGAGGCCAGGAACUCUAACCCGGAAGUCGACAAGCAUGUGAAGAAGGCCCAAGACGACCUUAAUGCUCUUCGAGUUCUGAACCUAUUCAAGGAGAUCACUGAUAGUGAUUGUGAGCUCUUGGGUCUGAACCCGAAAGAAGCACGCCCUGAAAUGUUCUUGUGGCAGUUCAUUCCCGCACCACCGGUUUGCAUUCGUCCAUCGGUUGGCCAGGAGGCUGCUUCGACUGAAGAUGAUCUUACUGCUAAAUUAGGUGAUAUUGUCCAGAGCAAUAUCAACCUGAAAAACGCACUAUUGAAGGGCGCACCUGUUCAAACGAUCAUGGAAUGCUGGGAUUACAUGCAACUGCAGAUAGCUGUGUAUAUUAACAGCGACGUUCCAGGUCUGAACAAAGCUGAUUUCGGAAAGCCCAUCCGUGGAUUCUGUCAAAGACUCAAGGGAAAACAGGGUCGAUUCCGUGGAAAUUUGUCGGGAAAACGUGUUGACUUUUCUGGGAGAACUGUCAUUUCUCCUGAUCCGAACUUGCGCGUAGAUGAAGUCGCCGUUCCGAUCCUUGUGGCAAAAAACAUGACCUAUCCUGAGGCAGUCACCAGGUAUAACAAAGAGAAACUGCAGCAAAGAGUCAGGAAUGGUACCAAACAUUGGCCUGGAGCAAAUUACCUCGUCAAAAAGGGAACAAGCUUCAAGAUGUUCCUGAAGUACGGUAACCUUAAUAUGAUGGCAGAUCAGUUGCAGGAGGGAGACAUUGUUGAGAGACAUAUCGAAGAUGGAGAUAUCGUCCUCUUCAACCGCCAGCCGUCUCUACACAAGUUGAGUAUUCUCUCUCACUUCGCCAAAGUUCGCCCGCACCGAACUUUCCGUCUCAACGAGUGUGUUUGCAAUCCUUAUAACGCGGAUUUCGACGGAGACGAGAUGAACCUCCAUGUCCCCCAGACGGAGGAGGCUAGAGCAGAGGCCAUGGAACUGAUGGGUGUGAAGAACAACCUGGCUACGCCCAAGAACGGCGAACCCAUCAUUGGUGCUAUCCAAGAUUUCAUCAGUGCGGCAUACGUCCUGAGUAGCAAGGAGAGAUUUUUCAAUCGGAAAGACUUCACGCAAGUCUGCCUCUACAUGCUGGGCCCCGAAGUCCGGUUCGACCUACCUCCGCCUGCGAUACUCAAGCCACAGAUGCUUUGGACUGGUAAGCAAGUCUUCAACAUUCUGAUGCAUCCGAAUAAGGAUGACCCUGUUCUUGUCAACUUCGAUGCCCCCUGUCGAGAAUUCAAGCAACCCAAGGGUAAUACACCCCGUGAUCUCGACCCUAAUGAUGGCUGGCUGGUUAUCCGUAACUCGGAAAUAAUGUGCGGUGUUAUGGACAAAUCCACCAUCGGUUCGGGAAAGAAAGAUAACGUCUUCUAUAUCAUGUUGAGAGAUUACGGCCCCGCUGCAGCAGCAGAAGGUAUGAACCGUCUCUCGAAAUUGUCUGCUAGAUGGUUCACAAAUAUGGGUUUCUCAAUUGGUAUUACCGAUGUUUAUCCAAGUGAGAAACUGCUACAGUCAAAGGCAAAGCUUGUCGAGAGUGCCUACGCCACCUCCGAUGAGGUCAUUGCCAAAUUCAAAGCCGGUACUCUCGAGAAAUCACCAGGUCUCGAUGAGUCGCAGACUAUGGAACAGCAGAUCUCCGGUAUCCUGUCCAAGGUUCGUGGACAGGCUGGAGAGGAAUGUAUCUCCCAGCUGAGCAAAUGGAACUCGCCCCUAAUCAUGGCCACUUCUGGCUCCAAGGGUUCGAGUAUCAACGUCGCUCAGAUGGUUGCCCUUGUGGGUCAACAGAUUAUUGCGGGUCAGCGUGUCCAGGAUGGUUUCCAGGACCGAACGUUGCCUCACUUUCCGAAGAAUGCUCGUCAACCUUUAUCGAAGGGUUUCGUUAGUAACAGUUUCUUCUCUGGACUGACACCUACUGAGUUCUUCUUCCACGCUAUCUCUGGACGUGAAGGUCUUAUCGAUACCGCCGUCAAGACCGCAGAAACAGGAUACAUGUCUCGCCGUUUGAUGAAGUCUCUUGAAGAUCUCUCUUGUCGCUAUGAUGACACGGUCCGAAACUCGUCCGCCAGUAUCGUGCAGUUCCAAUACGGUGACGACAAGCUAGAUCCCGUCGACAUGGAAGCCAAGGCCAAGCCUGUGCACUUCGACCGGACCUUCAUCCACGCUGAAUCAACCACGUACAAAAACGAUGAGCGCAGCUUGCUUCCGGACGAGAUCAUGAACGUAUGCAGCGAAAUGCUGGCGCCGGAGAGAGCGAAGCUCGUACGAAAGGAUCUCCUCGGAAAUGAACUUGACUAUAAGGACACGAGUGACAAUGGUGUCGAUCAGUUCGAGAGCGCUCGCGAGUUCCUGGAUUCUAUUGAGCAUUAUGUACAACUUAAGGCUAACCGUCUGGAGUCCCGGGCUGGAGACGCCAAUGCAUCUGAUGAGGACAGUAAAAAGGGUCUUAACCAUACCGGAAAGUUGACGGAGAGAACACUGAGGGCUUUCAUCACUUCAUGUUUGACCAAGUACAAGAAGGCUCAAGUGGAACCUGGUCACGCCGUGGGUGCAGUCGGUGCACAGUCUAUUGGUGAACCUGGAACGCAGAUGACGUUGAAGACCUUCCACUUUGCUGGUGUUGCCGGUAUGAGUAUCACACAGGGUGUUCCCCGUAUCAAGGAAAUCAUCAACGCUUCCAAGGAGAUCAGUACUCCAGUCAUAUCCUGUGAAUUGGUCACCAAGGACAGUAUCAUCGCAGCCCGAAUUGUCAAGGGUAGGAUCGAGAAGACCUAUCUUCGCGACAUCAUUCACUAUAUCAAGGAGACGUGGACUGGCAAGGAAGCUUACAUCACUGUCAAGAUCAACUGGAAGACGAUAAGUGACUUGGCUCUUGAGCUCACUAUCAGGGACAUCGUCGAGGCCAUCAAGAGGAACAAGCGUUUCAAGUCCGAGGACAUCAAGUUCCGUCAGUCGAGAUCUCACAUUCAUGUGCACGUCGACCAGGAUCCGAAUAGCAAGAUCUCUCUGUCGAAGACAGAAAUUGCUGCGACAAGCGCGGACCCAUUCCUUCGCUUGAAGCACCUGAAGCGUCUCCUGCCAGAUAUUCAGGUGCUCGGUCACCCUCAGGCUGCCCGUGCCAUUAUCAGCACAGACGAUAUUAAGGGGACCAACAGGCUCCUUGUCGAAGGUUACGGUCUCCGUCAGUGUAUGACCACUGAUGGUGUGGAAGGCCAUCGCACUGUCACGAACAACAUCAUGGAAAUGAAGGAUGUCCUGGGUAUCGAGGCCGCUCGUACGACCAUCGCCAAGGAAAUCAGCGACGUCAUGGGCGAUAUGGGUAUUGAUCCCCGUCACAUGCAGCUUCUUGCCGAUGUCAUGACCUACAAGGGAGAAGUGCUGGGUAUCACUCGAUUUGGUCUUGCUAAGAUGCGCGACUCCGUCCUGCAACUGGCUUCGUUCGAGAAGACUGCCGACCACCUCUUCGAUGCGGGUGGUGCGGGCCGUACCGAUCUCGUCGAGGGUGUCUCGGAGUGUAUCAUCAUGGGCAAGUCCAUCUCCCUUGGUACCGGCGCAAUGGAAGUUGUCCGCAAAUUGAACUUCUACGAAGGCCAGAUUGGGCCCAAGAAGACAAUCUUCGAAGACUCUUGGUCUGAAAUCUACGACGCACCGCUUGAGGCCCGCAAAACCAAACGAAGAAAGAGAGUCUAG